GUGACAGGAAGCCGUGUGAUUAUUAUGUUUUUGUUGGGGGGAGGUUCCAUUGAGACUGUAUGGAUACACAGUAUUCAGGGUUUCCAGCCAACUGACUGCUGCCGUGUGUCAGAGGGGGUUCUGUUGAACCGGUUUCCUUUUUGAAAUACUGGCGUCUCUCCGUACGGUGAAGAGCCAUGUCUCCAUCGGUGCCCCUGCAAGAGAUGAUCCGGGCCAUCAGGUCAGCGAGGACGCAGUGUGAGGAGCGUGGUGUCAUCCAGAGGGAGUGUGCAGCCAUCCGGGCACAGUUCAGGCAGGCCGACAAUGGGGGUCGAUCGCACAACCUGGCCAAGCUGCUCUACGUGCACAUGCUGGGCUACCCGGCUCACUUUGGUCAGAUGGAGUGCGUUCGGAUGAUUGCCAGCCCUCGCUACAGCGAGAAGCGCGUGGGAUACCUCGGAGCCAUGAUGCUGCUGGAUGAGAAGCAGGACGCCAGCUUGCUCAUCACCAACUCCAUCAAGAAUGACCUCGCUCACAGCAACCAGUACGUGCAGUCUCUGGCUCUGUGCACGCUGGCCUGUAUGGGCUCGGCUGAGAUGUGCAGGGAUCUGGCACCAGAGAUCGACCGGCUGCUCCGAGCAUCCAACUCCUACAUAAAGAAGAAGGCGGCGCUCUGUGCUGUUCACAUCGUGAGAAAAGUCCACGAACUGGGGGAGCUCUUUGCGCCCGCCGCUCGUUCCCUCCUCUCGGAGAAGAACCACGGCGUGUUGCACGGUGCCGUGGUGCUCAUCAUUGAGCUGUGUGAGCGGAAUCCAGAAACACUGGAGCGGUUCAGGAAGACCGUGCCAGAUCUGGUUCAGAUCAUGAAAGGUCUGGUCCUUUCGGGUUAUUCUCCGGAACACGACGUGGCAGGAAUCAGCGACCCCUUCCUGCAGGUGCGCAUCUUGAGGCUGCUGAGAAUCCUCGGCCGCAACAACGAAGGAGCCAGCGACGCGAUGAACGACCUACUAGCUCAGGUGGCGACCAACACGGACAGCACUAAGACAGUGGGCAACGCCGUGCUGUACGAGACUGUCCUCACCGUGCUGGACAUUAAGUCAGAGAGCGGCCUCCGGGUUCUGGCCGUGAACAUCCUGGGAAGAUUUCUCCUGAACAACGACAGGAACAUUCGGUACAUUGCCAUGACGUCUCUUCAAAAGAUCGUCGGGACGGACCACAAUGCAGUGCAGCGCCACCGGGGAACCAUAGUGGACUGCCUGAAGGACCAGGACGCGUCUGUCAAGCGCCGCGCGUUGGAGCUCUCCCUGGCGCUGGUGUCGGCCUCCAACAUUCGCUCAAUGAUGAAGGAGCUGCUCCUCUUCCUCUCCUCCUGCCCCCCUGAGCUCAGGGCACACGCUGCCAGCGGCAUCUUCAACGCCGCAGAGAGGUAUGCUCCCUCCCAGCGCUGGCACAUUGACACCAUGCUGCAUGUCCUCAUCACGGCAGGGGGCGACGUGAGAGAUGAGACGGUGCCCAACUUGAUCCAGCUCAUCACCAACGCCUCAGAGCUGCACUGUUACACCGUCCACAAGCUCUACCGCGCGCUGCUCGCUGACAUCUCUCAGCAAUCGCUGGUGCAGGUGGCGUGCUGGUGCAUCGGAGAGUAUGGAGACCUGCUGCUCCGAGGAGACUGUCAGGAGACUGAGCCUGUUCAGGUCACCGAGGACGACGCCCUGGACGCCUUGGAAACGGUUCUGCAGUCGCACAUGUCGUCGCCGGCGACCAGAGGCUUUGCUCUCACCGCCACCAUGAAACUGAGCACGCGCAUCACUGAUAACGUGGAUCGCAUCAGAAGCAUCGUCAGCAUCUAUGGCAGCUGCAUAGACGUGGAGCUCCAGCAGAGGGCAGUUGAAUACAAUGCCCUGUUCAAAAAAUAUGACCACAUGAGGGCAGCCGUGCUGGAGAGGAUGCCUGUGAUCGAGAAGAACUCCCCGGGUCAUACCAACGGAGAGUCGACGGGGGAGGCCACCAAGGACACCCCGACAGCCAAACUCAAGCAGGGGGAGCUGCUGCUGCCGCCACAGCAACCCGCCAACCAGGUGUGUGAUCUCUUGGACCUGCUGGGAGGCUCUGAGGAGACUCUGCAGCCCAGCCCAGCGUUCGGCGGCACGGCACCCGGCCCGUCCGUCAACACCGCCGGAGGAGACCUCCUGGAUCUGCUGGGAGGGCUGGAGCUUACCCCGCUCGCACCAGCUGACCCGGUGCCGGUUUACGACAAAGGCGGCGUGACUUUGACUCUGAGCUGUGAGAAGCAGUCGGACACCGGCCUGACGGUUACACUGACGGCCUCCAACGCCACCGACUCGGACAUCAGCAGCUUCACCCUGCAGGCGGCCGUGCCCAAGAGUGUCCAGUUACACAUGAAGGCUCCCAGUGGGGACUCUCUUCCUGCACGAGGCACAGCGAAGGUGACCCAGAUGGUGGUCCUGAACAACCCAAACAAGGUGAACCUGAAGAUGAGGGUCCGCGUAUCUUACACCCGCCUAGGGUCGGCCUUUCAGGACACGGUCCAGAUCGACUCCUUCCCCGGACUCGACGCUGCCGGACGCUGACGCCGAACACUCACUCCAACGGGACAAUGACUGUGUGUCUGUGGACGAGUCAGCAGGCGUCGCCCCUCACUGAUGGAACGUUUUCCCCUCUGCUGUCACACCCUCCACACGACCGUCCAAGCUGCUGCUUCUGAAAUUCCUGGUUCGGUCAGCGGUUCUCCGGCUGAAGAACGAAUGUUCCUUUGGCCUUCCUCCGGAAUCCAAGUGUAAAUGUGACGGUGUGAAUAAAUAUGGCACGAGUUUGGAAUAUGCCCUGAUAAUACACUAAAAUAUGAGUUAAUGAGUUUUCUGCCCUUAGAACUGUGUACCAUCCACUUUUUAAAAAGUUUUUUGACCAGGCUCCUCCCAGUACGCACCACUCGUUUAUUUUCCUUUUUAAACAUUUGCCUUUACCAUCCUCACCUCUUCGAAAGCAGCUAAUCACCUCCCAAUGAGCCGUUGCUAUCAUAAUAGGCUCUAAUCCACUACAUUUGAUUUUCACUGUUUCAGUUUUUCUUGCCUCAUUCACCCAAACGGCUCAGAGAACCCUCCUCCAGAUUAAUUCUCCUGUGCCUUUCAUCCCCUCGUGAAUUGCAAUUAUAUUUGGGUUUGAGGCCAGGAAACGGUUUUGAAUGCUCGCAAGGCAGUCAUUGAACACCUCUUUUAAUCAUUAUCAUUCAAGCAUGCUUUUUCCCUCCCAGUAUCUCCCUGUCUUUUGUUUACAGAGGCUCCGGAGUUAUUGUAUUUUUCUGAAGACUGUAUAGUAAUACAAGCUGUAGAUUUCAGAUUUUAAGUAUGCAAGCACAAUUAGAGGAUCAGUCUUUUGGGAAAACCUCUAACACAACCCUUUGUUGUAGAAGGAAGACGCACCUUCAGUGUGUCGUCUCAUGAUCACGGACCUCUCGUUUUAAAAACACUCCUGGAUGUCAGCAAUGGUGCUCUCAAUGAACGUUCAUCUUUUUCAGAUCACCACUAAACUGUAAAGAAAAUGACGGUGUAUUCUGUCAGUGACGUCAACUGUCUUAAAAAUCUUGUUUCGCGUCAUUUUCUAUUAAAAAAAUUAAUUAAAUAAAAAUGUUUUCAGAAUC